GCAGUUUAUUAAAAAAAAAAAAAAAGAUCGAAUUACUAUAAUAUCAAUUUCAACAGCGAUUUCAGUUCGAGAAGAGCUAGAGGUAACAAGAAAUAAUGAAGUUUCUGUACGUUUGUAUUUUGUUGGGACUACUUUCCGUUAGUGGUCUUGUUACGUCUGCAACACCCUGGAAGAGAGGCCUCCAGUGCCCCUGCACGAUGCAAUGGGAUCCAGUAUGCGGAAGUGAUGGAAAAACAUAUUCAAACUUGUCAUGUUUGAAUUGCAAAAAAGGGGUCAGAAAGGCAUGUGACGGGAUUUGUCCUUGUCAGCAUUACAAGAAAUCAACAGAGAGUUACACGAGUAUAACCUAUAGCGAUAUCAUUUAAUCAAGCACAUAUAUUUUCUCGAAAACAGCUUUUCGAUAUAAAAAAAAGUUGCUAGCAUAUGCUGAUUUUUUUAUAAUCUAAAGACGAAAUAUUCAGAAUAGAAAAUGAUUCUUUCGUUUACAGACAUAAAAUUACAAGUUUCAAAUGC